ACGAGAAGCGACGGUGAUCCGUGAUCAAAUCCGGCGGGAAAGAAUUUAAUAAAGGAUGAUCGGCCGGCGUGCUGGAACUAAUCGAGUCGGGAUGAGGAGGGAUGACUCCUAUCUGACUCGAUUCGUUGACUCAGUGUUUUCUCUGUUCCGAUUAGCUGAGUUUGAGAUCCUGUUUGUGCUGUUCUUCAUUAUCGCCUACGUCAUCUUCAAGGAUCUGACGGCGAGGCCGGAGUAUAAUCGGAUUCUGGUGGAGAAGCCCGGUGGAUCUGACAUCUGGCCGUUCUAAAUUUGAAAUUUAAUAAACUCGUGUAUGUGUUUCUGUAGUGCGUAUGUGGUUGUAAAUGUCACUUUGCUCAAUGUGAUUCUCUCCUUCCAUAGUUUUAUAGUUAUCAGUUUGUGAUAACUAUCAACACUCUUAGCUUAUUGGUAUGUUCAUGUUCAUUUUUGAUCUUUGAGUAUCAGAAGAAACUGGUAUAUAUUCAUGGAUCUUAGUAUAUG